CGGUUCGUGCUGCUCACGUGCCUCGGCUUCGUCAUCGCUCUAGGAAGUCAAGGUGAACCGCUUGUUAUAUUUUGAAUUUUUUUUUACGCGAAACUGCUCGAAACGCUAGCGCUGCUCGCUUCGUGCACAUAUACGCUGCGCGCGGCAAUCCGCGGAGCCCGUCGACGUUUCGCUUGUGGUCGCUAGCUGAAGCGUAGUACGUGUUUGGAUCGAAAAAACUGGCUCGCCUGCCUUCCGAGUCUCGCAAAAGCCUCCGUCGUAAGCGCCCGAAAGCAGACGACCAACUGACAUCGCAGACAUGCAGGCGCUGCCGCGAGCUCUCCUAGGACGAUCGCGGCAUUGCAGCGGCUGCCUUCGCGCCAGUACUUCGGCACCGGGGUCGCACGACGUCGAGACCGACACGUCCAAGAGCCAAGAGCGCUUCGGCAAGCACGACGCGAGCGAGGUCGCCUUCAGCCCGACCCGCCUCGAGGACAUCACGCACAACUACACGAGGGUCAGCGAUGACGCAGCGGCCGCCUCCGUCCCCGCCGAGCACACUGGGGAGAACACGGACGCCUUCAGCUGCAGUAGCAACGUAAACCUCUACGCACACAUGCAGAGCAACGUGCCCGAGCCUUUCGAAGCAGAGGGCACGUCGCCGACCAGUCUCAACAUGCCCGGAGGUGGUGGAGAAUCGACGUCGUACAUGUAUCUCUCGGGAAGGCGCAACACCGCCAAGUAGGCCCGGUCGUCUGCUACGCCGCAGUCGGUCGCAGACAUACCACCAGUUUCGGUGUGUAGUGCAUGCAAUAUAGCGGCUUCACUGCGCUACUCGCCACUUUCGCAGUCAACGCGCUUUCAGAUUUAGCAUAUGAUGCAUGCAAUAUGCGAUGUCGGCGAUGCAUGUUAACGCGUUGGUAUUACGAGUCUCAUAUGUCGGCAGUUGAGAGUUUAAUGCGUUGCAGAGAUUGUUUUCGCAGGCGUCUGCAGACGCAUACUCACCUCAAUAUGGAGUGUACUGUCUACGACUUGUGGGUGUGAUAUAUUCAUAGUAAUAAAACACGUUGUCGUUGCGAA